GUUAGAAGUAGCAAGUGGCUAUAGUAAUUUUAACCAUUGGACACGCUCACAAAUACUCUCUCACACGCAUAUACUUAUAUAAAUCCACUGUCCACGAUAUCCCUCUCUCCCACCAAAACUCCCAACUCCCAUAUGCUCGCUCCCUUUUUCUCUCCCGGAUCCAUUUCAAUUCCAUCAAUUCUAGGGCUUUUGUUGAAAUUAAGCGAAAUCACAUCUACCUCUGUGAGAAGUAGCAUUAUUUGUAGUUCAGCAUUCCAAAAAAUUCCAACUUUUUAGUUUAAUUGAAUUUUCCUCGUGAAAUUUCGAUCAAGGACGCAACAAUAGCCUAAUUUUCGGUGAAAUUCGUGGGUUAUGGGUAAUUCAUCUUUAUAAUGGUUUUUCCUUGACUCUUUGUUGCUUGUUUUUGUUGUUUUUCUUGGUUUUCCUUGAUUAGCAAUCCAAAUCAGGGUUGACUUUCAAUUUCUGCAAAUCUUGGAGCUAGGGUUUUUGACUUGAAAUUUCUAGUCCAUGAAAAAAAAGACACUGCUUUUUCUAGCAAUUGCUCAUUGUUCAGUUUCUUUGUCCAUUUGUUAGGUUGAGCUUUACAGUAGAUAUAUACAGAUAUGUAUAUGUAUGAAUAGGUUUAUAUAGGGAAUAUCAUCAAUGGAUAAAAGGGCUAAGGAUUUUGGUAAUGUGAAAAGUAGCUCCAAAGUUAAGCCCUUGCUUAGUGUAGGCUCGGAAAAAAUUCAAUUGAAUGGAGAAAUAGAAGGGGAAGAGGAGAAGGUGUCGUUGUUGCCGCCUCGGAGAGGUGGGAUGUCUAAAAGUCCGGGGAAGCCGCGGCUGAAGGUGCAGUGGAACGACAAGGAUGGGAGUAAGCUUGCAGAGGUAGUGGAAUUUCAAAGAAGUGAUGCGAGUGACUCUGAUGAUGAAGAUUCAGAUUCCUGCAUAUGUGCCAUAAUGUAGACCUUAUUCAAUUUUACCAAUUCAUUGGCAAACUCCUGGUGGACAAAUGAAAGGGAUUCCUCCCCUCCCCUCAAUUUCAUUUCGAUUAUAGUAGACAGAUUGCGGAAUUUUUGAACUUCCCGCUGUGAAAAUGGACGAAAGGUUCCUGUUAACCAGUACAGCAGUUUCUGAAGUGUAGGUGGCAUAUUUCAUACAAACAAGCUACCAUUUGCUGAAGGUAGAUUAUUUGUUCACGGCCUUUUAGUCUUCUUAGCAUUGAGAACGGGAACUGAAGUCUAUGAGAUCUGGGUUUGAUUCAUUUGUCUGAUAACUUUAGCUGAAUCCCUGUGUAGAUAAAGGUGGUGGCAAUCUUGUGCCCAUCGUAUGUAUGUACUCUGUAAUUUGUACUUCUUAUUUUCUACCGUCAGUCUCGAUAUUAGAUUUGUGAUUGAUAUAUUUCAUCAAUGAGUAUUCUGUGUAUGAUCAUCAUGUGUAAUAAAACAGCUGGUUCUUCUCUUU